ACUACUGAAGCAUGUGAUAUUUAUCCUUACAAAUAUAAAACCAACUGUUGUUCAUUUAUGUGCGCAAACUUUUAAAGCAGGACUUAAUGAACAGUAUGGCAAUCAAACAUGUGGGAUAUAUCAUCAUGAUGGCAGUGUGUACCUUCAGAUACUUUUCAAUGGGAGGUCCGAUGAAAAUAGAGCCUUUUGCAAAUAAGCCAUAUGAAGGUGUUUUCACAACUUCACACAACGGUAAAUGGUAUCACUUCACCGGAAACAUCAGUGAUAUAACAGCGAAGACACUCUGUAAUUUGACUGGCUUUGGCUUCAAAGGAUAUGGAGUUAGUCUUCCUGAGGGAUCUUCGGCUAUACAAAGACAAUCACUUCAAUGCUUUGGAAACGAAACUAAUGUUUCGGAAUGCACAUCGGAACCAUUCGAAUGUAUACAUCACGACUACAGUACACAUGGGGGAUGUGCGUACAAUAAACAUGGCGUUCUGGGCCUCUACUGUAAUGAUUAUCAUAUUGAGGAUGUACGACUGAAAAUAUUAUGGGCAACGUUUCAUCAAAUAGUAUUUGAGGUGUUUGUCGACGGUGAAUGGGGGAUAACUUCUGCAAGACUUGGAACGAUUGAAGCUCAAAUCAUUUGCAAACACUUCGGAUAUUUAAAUGGUGAAAACACGUUUGAAGGAUCAUUCAAAAAUUACAAAUUCAAAGUAAUUGGAGAUCUGAAAUGCACAGGAAAUGAAUCCUCUCCGUUUGAAUGUGCGUUUAGGCACCGUGGUUACCUGGAUGUGCCUGUAUAUACCUUUACUAUGGUUAAUUGUUCCAGAGAAUGCCACAAAGACAGAAAUGGACUUGGAUGUGACCAAUUCUGCACGUGCAUAUGGGCGAAUACAGAACACUGUGAUGUUAAGUGGGGUGGUAAAUGUACAUGUCUCUCAGGAUGGACAGGGAGACACUGCGAAACAGAUAUCAACGAAUGUCUUACUCAAAACAUCUGUCCUGAUGCUAACACGGAGUGCAGAAACAUCGACGGAGGGUUUACGUGUGACUGCUUAGAAGGAUAUUCUCGAGGCACCAAUCAUACAUGUUUUGCUUGAAGGCCAAGUUCGUCGGCUUCGGAAUAACCAACGGCUCAACGUAUGAAAGAUUUGUACGAGUACAAAGUUAAUCUAGAUUGACAAAUCGCUUAAAACGUUACUCAUCUUAUCAUCCAAUAUUUGACACAGGAAAUUACUAGUUGUUGCAGAAGACGUCAACAUCCGGAAGAAAACUCUACACGGUAACACUGUGGAGACUGGCGGAUAUCUUAAGCCAAAGCUGGAAAUCGUUCUGUAUAAAAACAUUAUGACGAGUGGCGACUUUACUUAUGAUUGAUAUACCCAGCAAAAUUCAAAUUUAGUUUACGACUUGAUUUUGUGAAUAGUUGUAUUACUUCAUGCCGUUUAAGUUAUUUUUUAUUUGAUAUAUAUCUUUAAAGGGUAUUUUCUAUAUUAUUCUAAUAUUUGCUUUUGGAUUUGACCAACAGGAAAAAAAAACCAUGUUGCUCAUGUUAGUUCGAAAUUGACAGUGUGUUAUUUUUUAAUUCUGUGCCGUAAAACCCAUGCUUAUUUGCGUUUUGUGUUUUAAAUUUGGCAUAGAAAUUAAAUGCUUUAUGUAGUUACAUUGUUUGAUACUUCGUGUUUGAAUAUUAUUCGUCGUAAGGUAUGUUUAUGUUUUGGCGAAACCUUUUAGCACAUUAUGUUUUUUAUAUACUUAAUAAUGUCCUCAAACGCAUCCGCUUAUGUUGUCGUCAUUUAAUAAUUCAUGUAAUUCAUAUAAUUCAUUUCCAGUUCGUGGUAUAAGUAUAUACUUUUUAUACGUGCAAACACAUUUUACUGUAGUUUCCAGUUUUGCACUUCAUCUGGUCUUCAUUCAGACAUAUACCUUUGGUUUAAAAGAGUCGUUUAUUUAAGCUCAUUUAUGUACUUGGUCACCCUCAUAAUUUGCUAAAGCUAUUUCUGUGUUUGGGUGGUUUGUGCUAUGUGGUUGAUAAUUAAUCAAGUGUGAGGAUGGGUGCUUCCCGGGUUUAAACCAAAGUUGACUCUUGAUAAAUGACCGUGCCAAGGUGGGACCCUUUUGUCAAAACAAUAUUUAUUUGUGAAGUAUAUCCUUUCAUUGUUAUCUACUGUUUGGUAACGUCAUAUAAUCCUUGUAAACCUGUGCCUAGACUUUAUGACGUAUAUCAUAUCAUGGUUAUUUACGUUUUGUGUACGUGAUUUACUCCUUGUAAACAUGUGCCUAAACACAGAGAGAGUGAGAGAUUUGCAUGGUUUAAUUUAAAAGUUUGAGUUUUUUUUCGAAUUUCUUCAUAUACUUUAUACGAAAUAGUUUAUAUUCUUCACUGAACGUGUCUACUAAUUAUGUAGUUAACGAGUCUUUCGAUGUUAAUUUAAUAGCCAAUAUACAUCAAGUGUUAAAUAACCGAUGGUGCUUGUAUAACGUCUAUGUUCAUAAUAAUUGGAAUUACUACGAAGAACUUCCUUUCUAUUGCAAACCGACAGGCUAUUAAAUUUGCGCAAUAUAUCAUACCUAAACAUUCCAAUUGAAUUUGGUCAAGAUGGGGUAAUAAUUGAUUACGUUAAAGUAGCAUAAAUGAUACGUUAUAACUAAAUGUCAAGUGCUCGUAUGAUGUCCAGACUAAGAAUGUUCUUUUUUCAGACUGAUAUUUAAUUCAGACUCAUUUACAAACUGUACAGUUAUUAUACGUUGAAUUCAGUUCAAAACCUGCAAUCAGAGAGAAAUAUUGCUGCGUUCACAAAACAGCAACAGACGGGCAUUGAAGCUCACUUUGUUGUUGCAUUUACUUUUGUAUAACAAGUUUCAUGUUCUUGUCUUUACAUGCUCAAAAACAAAGUAAGACUGGUUAUAGUACAUUAAUCACGGAUGGCCUCGAUUGCUCAGUUGUAGAACGUCCGCUUUGAGUGCGGAAGGCCAAGAGUUCAAUCCCCGACCGCAUCAUACCAAAAUACGUUAACAGUAGCACCAUAGCAUGUCAUUUGUCAUUCGUGGGUAGUAUAGGGAAAUUGAAAGUACUCAGUACUGGUUUUCUCCCAGUAAAAUUCUGGUUUGCAAUAACGUAUAGGGAUCUUCUUGUAUCUCACUCCCUUUCCGUCAAUUGCAUGCACUUCUAUUUAAUGGUACAUAUGGCAGUACGGCAUAGUGAAGCAACAAUGCAGCAAAUCGGCGAAGGAAGACCUUCAUAAACAUAACACGAUUUCUCGCAGGUAACAUCCAUAUUUUGUUACUUCCAUAAUUGCGAUUAUAGUAAUACUCAUUGCAUACUUCAAAAAAUCGAUGAAUAUCAAGCAACGCUGUGAACGCUUUAUGUUGAGAUAAUGUGCUCAUCAGCAACGGCAAGUUAUUCUCCUCGUUGUAGGAAUAGAAAGAAUCUCGGUUAAUUAUGCUACUUCUGACCCCAUUUAUUCAAAAGUGAAUGAAUAGUUAAAGAAUUGCAGUUUGCGAUUACACUUUCAAUUAACAAGUUAGCUCCGUUAAAAGCGAACCUAGCUUAUUAAACUGGUGUCAAUGGCAACUUCCUUUCGUGAUGUAGUGACUAUCUUAGCAAACGUAGACAACGUGUAGUUCUUCCUGGCUCCAAGUCUGGUUGGGUCUUUCUUGAAGCUGGUGUACCGCAAGGCUCUAUUCUAGGUCCCCUUUUUAUAUUUAUAAAUGGCAUUGUUGUCAACAUUGGAAGUAAUGUUAGGCUAUUUGCAGACGAUACUAGUCUUUAUAUUCUCGUUGACGAGCCCUUUAGGGCCACUGAAAUAAUCCAGAGAGUCAUUGAUAGCAUCAGUACAACGGCUGAUAAAUGGCUAGUCAUCUAUAAGCUAUGCUUUCGUUCCAAUCAAUUUCAAUAUUAUAGACAGCUUGUGGGUGUGCAUAUUCUGUGUAGUUUGUUUGUUUAUGUUGAAUAAAAUAUGUUUAAAUCAA